AGGAAACAAUUCUCUUUUAAAUAAGGCGGAUAUAAUGACAUAUGUAACAUCAGUUUUAAAAUCGUUGGCACAAAAAUUCCUGUUGUUGUUGUGUGACCUCAAUUGUGGUGUGGCGUUGUUGGUGUGGCUGCCGUCCUGCCUCGGGUUCCUCACUUGGUGUUAAGAUGCCUUACCGUUUGAGGGUCACCGAGGAAGAAGUGCGGGAGGAAUUGACUAAGCUGGGAUUCGAAGAUGUUUCUGAUGAAAAUGUUGAACGUCUCCGUAAGGAUCUUCUAAAAUUGAUCAAGAAUGAUCUCCGCAAAGUUAAACAGCAAAGGUGUCAGUCCAGAGACUUGCACGACUCUGUUAGCCAUGAUGAAACUCCUGCCAUACCAAGCAAAUUAAAUAUAAGGAUGCCAUUACCAGAUACUUCUACACCAAUUCCUCCUGAACAACAAAUGCCAUCUACUUGGAAGUCUUCAGUCAGGCCAUUUGGGAGUUCUCUGUCUCAGUCAAGAAAUAAUGCAAAUGAAGAUGCUGAAGAAAGUGGAUAUUCUGACUUUGAUAGUAGAGCAUCAGCUACAUCUGUAUCAGAAAGAGAGAAGAGCGACUCUUCUUCAGCCAUGUAUUCUCCAAGUGAUAGUACUACAGGAGCCAGAAUGUCUAAGGAAAAGAUUAAAUCGUAUUCUGGUCUACUACAAAAAAAUAAAAUUGAAAAUAGAGGUAGAACAUUCAGACACACACAUGUUGAUACACACAGGAUGCCAACAGGGCCAGUUGUAGAUUCACAAGUCACAUUGCAAAGACCAACAGAUGAUCAAUCAAGAGGACAAUCAAAUGGGAAUAAAGUGAACCAGGAUCUUAGAAAGCAAAAGGUUGCUGGGAUGGCAAAACAUAAAGAUGGCUUGCCAGAGUACCCUAGUCGGCCUGAUCCAGUUACUUUAUAUCAUUUCUACAAGGCACAUUGGGAUAAGUUCAAAGCUCCUGGAGAAGAUCCUCGAUCAAAACUUCGUUGGUCUGUGCGUACAAAGCUGUUUUAUUCAAAAUAAACCUCAUUUAUUCCAGGGUGUAAAAGUUUCUUUUUAAUAAAUUUCCCAAGUUUUAAAAGUUUAGCUUCAUACUGACUGAAGAGGAAAUAUUUCAAUAUUCCUAAUUUUUCAAUUACUUAAUACAGUAUUCCUUUGAGUAUGGGAGCAAGUCUGUUACAACACACACAUUUUCAUUUAUAAAGCAAGCAUAAUCUGUUUGAGUACAACAUAUAUAUAUAUGCUCAUUUUAAUCUUUAAUCAGAUAGUAAUACAUGAAAUAUAUUUUGACUAGCAACAAAUUAUUAUAUAAUAAUUUUUUGAACAAAAUUAUAGUACUGUACUGUGAUACAUUUAAUAGGAAUAGCAAAUCACUUGUUAAUGUUUAAAUGUUAUCAUUUAAUGCCAUUAUUUUUAAGUAAAGAUGAUUUAUUAUCCAUAAAUAUAUGUAUACUGUAAUGGGAAAGAACAGAUGAUUUAGAAAUAAUGUGAGUUUAUAUAAGGUUCUCAACCCCAAGUUAAGGACAUGGAAACAUUUUUAGCUACAGUUGACUUUUGGAUGUACAUGUGAAUGUAUUUCCCGAUACCUCGCAUUUAAAUGGUCUGUCUAGUACUUUGUUAAACAUUUUAAAGGGAAAACAUUCCAGGACAAAGAUUAUUAUAAUUAUUAUAAAUAAAGUUAACACUACCAUA